GCAGCACUUAGGGUUGCUGUCUACGGAAAGUUUGUAUCAUUUGAUGGUGUCCUGAAGCAAAUUCUCCCCGACAUUGCGGUGUGCCGCUCAGGACUGACCGUGCUUGGGGAAAUACGCGGCCGAUAGCAUGGCAGUGGAGCGGAGCGGCCAUGGCACUUCCACUCGCGCACUACCACAGAGAUAGCUCCCAUGCUGUGGGGUCCGUUUGUACCGAAGCUGAAUGGAGUUUCUGCUGUUGGACACCUCGUACUGGCCUAGCUAGCACCUAGCACUAACAACAACUCCUCUCCCGGAGAGACUGCCACACGAUGCUCCCGUUGUAACGACACAUUAUUUUUUAAUUCUCCGGACUGGCUUUAAUCAGUCACCACCACCAUGUCUGACCAAAGCUACUACUGGACCGUGUUGCCGAGUUACAAGUCUAGUUUUGUGACUGGGGCCAUGAUGAAAAGAUCCAAAGGUUCCCGUAACAACAAGAGAAGGAGUUUGGCGGUCGGGACCACGUCGCCCACGCUCUCACGACCGCUCUCACCUCUCCCACUCGCUACAGCUGGCAGCAGCCCCUCAGAAAGCCCUAGAAAUGUCUCUGCCAGCACCUCUGCCAACUUCCAGUUUGCCCGCAGCCAACUGGCCCGUACUGAAAGAACGGAUGGACGAAGGUGGUCUGUGGCAUCAGUUCCCUCAUCUGGAUACUGCACUAAUGCACCCAGUUCAUCAGUAUCUUCUUCUUCUUCCCAGGAAUUAUUGCACCAGUUGCCCUUCCAACCCACACAAGAUGAUCUCCACUUCCUGUUCAAACAUUUCCGGAGUACGGAGAGUGUGGCAGACGAGGAAGGAGCACACUCCCCACACCCUGUCCGAGUCCGCUCACGCAGUCUCAGCCCUGGACGGACCUGUGGAACCUUUGACAAUGAGAUUGUCAUGAUGAACCAUGUUUACAAAGAACGCUUUCCUAAGGCGACAGCCCAGAUGGAGGGUCGGCUGCUCGACAUCAUUGCUGAGUGUUCUCCAGGCACUGCUCUGCCCCUAGCUGAUGGGGUGCUUGGAUUUAUUCAGCACCAGCUGCUGGAGCUUGCCAGAGACUGUCUGGACAAGUCCCAGAAUGGCCUGGUCACCUCCAUGUACUUUGUGGAGCUGCAGGAGAAGCUGGAGAAGUUGCUGCAUGAGGCUUAUGAGCGUUCAGAGAGCGAGGAGGUCCCCAUCAUCACCAAACUGGUCAAGAAGAUCCUCAUCAUCAUUUCCAGGCCUGCCAGGCUCCUGGAGUGUCUGGAGUUUGAUCCGGAAGAGUUUUACCAACGUUUAGAAGUUGCAGAAGGUCAAGCCAAGGUGGGCCACGUCAUUAAGCCUGAUAUCCCCAAAUACAUCAUCAGCCAGCUCGGCCUCAACAGGGAUCCCUUGGAAGAGAUGGUCCAUCUGGAGCAGACGAGCCCAAGUCACAGGUCGGCCAGUAGAGAUUCUGAUGACACCGGAGAGACAACACCCACACAGAGCCGAGCAGCAUGCACCCCUCCUCGCAGGAAACCACUGGAGAGUGACUUUGAGACCAUCAAACUCAUCAGCAACGGUGCCUAUGGUGCUGUGUUCCUGGUGCGCCACAAGGACACUCGGCAACGCUUUGCCAUGAAGAAGAUAAACCGGCAGAACCUGAUUCUUAGGAACCAGAUCCAGCAAGUGUUUGUGGAGCGGGACAUCCUCACUUUUGCUGAAAACCCAUUUGUGGUUUCUAUGUUCUGCUCUUUUGAGACACGGAGGCACCUGUGCAUGGUCAUGGAGUAUGUGGAAGGUGGGGAUUGUGCAAACCUCUUGAAGAACAUUGGUCCUCUGCCUGUGGACAUGACGCGCAUGUACUUUGCAGAGACUGUCCUGGCAUUGGAGUACCUUCACAACUACGGCAUCGUACACAGAGACCUCAAACCAGACAAUUUGUUAAUCACCUCUAUGGGCCACAUUAAGCUGACAGACUUUGGAUUGUCAAAGAUUGGUCUCAUGAAUAUGACCACCAACUUAUAUGAAGGACACAUUGAGAAAGAUACCAGAGAGUUUAUUGACAAACAGGUGUGUGGGACUCCAGAAUACAUUGCUCCAGAAGUGAUCCUGAGGCAAGGCUAUGGAAAGCCUGUGGACUGGUGGGCCAUGGGCAUAAUCCUGUAUGAGUUCCUGGUGGGCUGUGUGCCUUUCUUUGGAGACACACCAGAGCAGCUUUUUGGUCAGGUGGUUAAUGAUGAUAUCAUCUGGCCAGAUGGGGAAGACGCUCUGCCAGCUGAUGCCCAGGACCUUAUCACCCGACUGUUGCGACAGAGUCCACUGGAACGAGUAGGAACAGGUGGAACUGCUGAGGUGAAGAUGCACACGUUCUUCAUGGGUCUGGACUGGAACGGGCUCCUAAGGCAGAAAGCUGAAUUCAUCCCCCAGCUCGAGACCGAAGAUGACACCAGUUAUUUUGACACUCGAUCAGAGCGCUAUUGUCACACGGGCUCAGAUGAGGAUGAUGAAACCAACGAUGAUGAAUCAUCACUGGAGCUCCGACAGUUUUCCUCUGUGGCACACCGCUUCAGCAAGGUGUACAGCAGCACAGAGCACCUGUCCACCUCCACGCCAUCCAAUCAGAGCCUUUCGUCGUCGGAGCGAAGUCACAGCGAGGAGAAGGAGGAGCGCUGGGAAGGCAGGGGAAUCCUCUCUCCUGGCGAUGGGCACAAACACUUGGCUGGAGACAGGAGGGCAGAUGGGCACAGGGGGAGUCUGCGUCCUCGUGCCUCAUCCAGCUCCUCUCAGUCAGAGCGCAGUGCCAGCCCUCUGGUGAUGAACAGCACCCAAAGCCUCGACAUCAUGCCUCGCUUUGCCAUCUCUGCAGAAGAAGAGGAUGGGAUGGUUUCCAACCUGCGGCGUAUUCGUCUCCGGAGCAACAGCACAGGGACCAGGCCUUCAUUCAGGAGAGGGGCAUCCCGACGAAUUGCUCACCAGCUGGAGACUCCAGAGAAACCCAAAUCCCAAGCUGGCAAAGUUCCCAAAUCUGCCUCUGUUUCUGGCCUUUCUCUCAUCAUCACUCCAGCAGCCUUCCCUCAUCCAGAUGACUCGGCAGGUCCUCCCACAAGUCCCAAAUCUUCUUUGUCCCUGUCGUCAAACCCGUCAUCCAGAGACUCGUCACCGAGCCGGGACCUGAGUGUCAGCGUCAGCUGCCUCAGGCCUCCUGUGGUCAUCCUCAGCUCUGGGAAGAGGUUUGGCUUUGCUCUGCGAGCAAUCAGGGUCUACAUGGGAGACAGCGAUGUCUACACGGUCCACCAUAUGGUCUGGUGUGUUGAGGAGGGCAGUCCGGCACAGGAGGCAGGAUUGAGGGCGGGUGACCUCAUCACUCACGUCAACGGGGAAUCUGUCCAGGGACUCGUCCACACUGAGGUGGUGGAGCUCCUGCUCAAGAGUGGCAAUAGGGUGACCUUACAGACGACUCCACUGGAGAACACUUCUAUCAAGGUGGGCCCUGCGAGAAAGGCGAGCUACAAGGCCAAAAUGGCCCGACGCAGCAAGAAGAGUAAAAGGAAGGAUGGACAGGACAGCAGGCGACGUAGCAUCUUGAAGAAGCUGUCCAAGCCUCCACCCAUGCAGAGCAGUCGUAGCUUCUCUUCAGGGUUCCACCAGUCAUCUAGUGAUAGCCUCUCUGGUUCCCCCACACAGAGUCUCUCUCCUGGUCCUUCCACACCUUGCCGCUCUCCUGCUCCUGACCAUUCUGGAGAUUCAAGCUCUUCUCCUUGCUCCAGUUCCCCCAACUCACCUGUACCACAGCCCCGCCCCAGUUCCCUACACGUUCUGGGUCGCUACAGCAAAGCUGGCCGCUGCAAGUCCACUAGCAGUAUUCCUCCUUCACCGCUGGCCUGCAUCCCACCUCCCCAGCCUCUCUCCCCCCAGUGUUCUCCAUCCUGCCUCCCCAGUCACCCCAAGUCCCUUCAGGGUUUCCAUGGCAAAACAUUAUCCCCUCCCACGAUUGCACGCCACUCGGUGCGUCCCCGAAGUGCAGAACCACCACGGUCACCCCUCCUCAAAAGGGUACAGUCAGCAGAGAAGCUGACGGGAGACAAGAUGACUGGAGGGUACCACGCAGAAAGGAAGGCCUACAGCACUCGCCGCCACACCAUGGAGGUGCCAUUGUCUGAGAGGGAGGGGCUGGAAGACUUGGAGGGAGACACCGCCACAGGGUUUGUCUGUGUUGGUGAGCACGGUCGUCAGGGGCUUUACAUUGGAGGACAGAGAGGCCACCAAGACACAGCGAGUGGAGGCGGCGAGCAUCAUCGUUCUACUGCCUCGCCACAACAUCGUGGAGGCAGCCAUCACUCCAAGGAAGUGGUGGUGAUGAGGAAGCUGGCUCUGUCCGAGCGCAGGGACUCUUUCAAGAAACAGGAGGCUGUGCAGGAAGUGAAUUUUGACGACUUGGAGGAGACGGAGGUGACACCAAGCGCAGCGUUUCCUGUCACACUGCCGAAAGCAUUCAAGGCUUCCUGGAUCAAUUCGGCCCCGGCUGAAUCCGGUGAGAAGCUGGAAGGAAGACGAUCACAGGGUACAACAGCACAACAGAAAGCCAAGCCAAAAGACAAGGGGUUUUAGUUUUUCACUUUGCCAGAGAUGGUGGGCCAUGUCUAUGACCUACUACUGUACCUAAGUCUGAAAACCUUGUGUCCAGAAAACUGUGAUUAUAAACAUCAGAAGCAACUGCUUGAAGACAGAAGAACAAAUUCAAAUCAAAGUUAGUUUUUUUUUGUUGCUGGUUCUCAGUAAAUGUAUGCAUCCUGCAACACUGUUAACAGAACAAUGACUGCCAAACUGUGUUUACUUCCUAGUUGCUUGUUUUCUCUUUUGAUUCUCAAAUCACUGUGGCACCAGUAACUGAUGAAUUAUGUAAAUAGUUUUUGUUUCAAUUGAAGAAACUUAUUUAUGAUUUUUUUUAUGCUCACUAUGUUUUUUCAGUUGUUGAAAAUGCCUUUGGAUGUUUCUGAUCUGUUCUUAUUUCAGGAGUUUGCACAAACGAAAAAGCCACGCAACAACUUCUCAGUGGGAUUUCAUACAUGGUGCAUCAAAGAGAAGUUUACAUCAGUCAAUAUGUCGUUAUUCUUUACCACACUGCCUCUCUGGAAAGCAGGUGUUCACACUGAGUCUUUGAAAGUCCUCCAGCAUACUGUAUUGUAGUAUUUAAAAAAAAAAAUGACAUCCAUUCUGUGGUGGUAAACAUUUGUACUCAUGGAUCUUGAAAACAAACUUGACAUAAAUAUUUAAAAGAACAAGAUAUGAACAUCAUAAUAUUUAGCAAUUGGUGCCAAAGCAGACAUUGGAUCCAUUUAAAAGAGAUACUGUAGUGGUACAUAAAUAAACUUAAUGCAUGUAUGGACUUAACUGCUACUUGCUGUCUAUCCUGUUUGGGAGAAAAUGCAUCAUGAUUGACUCUCCUCUUGCAUAACCUAACCAACACACAAGGCCUGUUGCCUUUGACGUUGAAUACCAUGUUGAAUGAAGCCUCCGUCCAGUAACCGUAAAACAGAUGAUCUCUUACCCUGUGGCAUCCAAAUACUGUACACUUCAAUUUUACUUCAUACGUUAUCUCAAGGCACUGUACAUAAUAAGGCAGAAACCUUUACAAUAUCUCAGAGAGAAAUGAAAGCCAACAGUUGACACAAUGAGCAAGUGCUAGACAACAGUGGAGAGAAAAUAUUCUUAACAGGAAGAAACAUCUGACAGACCCAGACUCAAAGAUGUGCAGCCAUCUGCCUCGACCGGUUGGGGUGAAAGGAAAAAUGGGGGACAGAAAGGGGUCGGAGAGAACAGUGGUUUCAACAAACAAAAUGGCUCUCUAGGCUGUUUUUUUUAGUUUUUUUUUAAAUGUGUAUUAAGAAUGAAUGUUUACGAUUUAGCAACAAUAUUUGUGUGGACUUGUCAUGUUUUUUUUGUUAAAUUAUAAUGAAAAACAUAACAAGUGAAUUCAUUCAGAAGCCCUCAAUGGAUGUAGGAAUGAGUCCAGGUGAUAAUCUCCUUUUUUUUGUAUAUUUUGAUAUGGAAACAGUCUUGUUGCAGUACUAAUAACCUAUGCUGUUGAUGUAUAUUGUAUAAACAACGGUGGACCUUAUAGCAGCUGUAGGUGGUGGUGUUUUGAAAGUGACCUUGUAGGGAUAGAUGACUGUAAUAAUGUGCAAUGCCACUGAAGUGGCAUGGUCUUAAUCUCUUGUUUGUAUCAACCUUGAUGUGCAUGAUUCAACUUCUAGUAUAAUUUCCCCCACAAUUUUAUUGCACAUUUUAGGGAAUUUAUUUUUUGAGAUUGAUGUUAUUAGCCUCAUCUGAUCAGUCUUGUUCUUGUAAGUGAGGAAGGAGAUAUCAACAUAAGGGAUUUGGGUUUCCACUUUUUAUUUUUUGUUCCUUUUUAAAAAAAACAAAAAAACAUUCAUUCAAGAACUGACUGAAUCGGCAACAACAAGAUGCUCACAGUCUUAUUUCAUAGUCAUUUGUGACACAAAAGUAAGGUGUCAUGUUUGAGGUUUAAUGAUGGCACACAUCUUUGUGUAAUGCAGAGGAAACUUGAGUACAGGGAUUUCUAGGAUUAUGAUAAUGGUUACUGUUCACAUUAGUACAGUAAAUGGACAUUAGUUCACUGUAUUUUGGGUAAAAAGAAAAACAGGUCUCCCUGGUAUUUUUCAUUGAAUUUCUGCAAUAUACUCCAUAUAUGUACAACGAAUUUAAUGUUUUAAUGUUUGUUCUGCAUCAACACCAAAACGUAUCUCUUGCAGCACCAUCAUCUCAUACUAGCGUUAAUCACACAUCGAACCGAAGCAUCACAGGAAACGUAUUUUGCCUGUUUGUGUGUGUGUGUGUGUGUGUGUUUGAGUGAGUGAGUGUCACAUAGUUCAUGUCAUUCUCAACAUUUGCCACACUUGUUUUUAGCAUAGUUGUGUGUUGAAGUUGUGGCUCCUUUCUUAACCCGUGAAAUUCUUACCAUGUGGGUAUCUGGUUCCGACCAGUACAAGAUUGUCUGUUUUUGUAUUGUCUUCACAGUGCUUGAAAUAAAUGAAUUGCAGAGGACUCAAACAUCCAGGA